AUGGCAGACUCCAAGCAGUCGAGCGAUUCCAGCCCACUGCCGCCGGCGUACUCCUCGACUGCCAUCAGUACACCAGUGUCUACCUCUCCUCGUUCGCUCACGCUGACGCUGAGCCAAGACCUUCACCGACCACCGUUGUUUACGUCCCUCGACUUCUCGCAAUACCAGAUCCCAGGCGGUAGGCUAACAGAUGACCACGUCACCACUGUGACCAGUUACGAGAGCUUCAGUCGCGAUCCUGGUGCCCUUCUGCAGCUUAUGCAGGAGCAGCUUCAGCUGCCUCCCAAGCUGCUCGUCCGCAUUCGUGGCACACAUCUUGAAUAUGGAGAGACGAAAGAUGACUUUGAUCUCACGCUAAACUUACUGCCGCUGCUGGUGUCGGAGGAUGAGCGCUGGUCCUACCUCAAGUUGGAUCCGAGCCGCAUCACGAUACACAACCAGCCUGUGUCACCCGAGCCAGCUUACGAUAUGACCUCUGCAGAUCUUGAGACGUUGACCAGGCUGUAUUGCGAGGACCCCGCUCCCCUCAAAUGCUUCACCCUUAAACGUCGGGUGGUCAAUUUCGACCAAGACAGAGUCGACGGCCUGAUCCGUACCACUGUGGCGUCGACUCGCUACCAAGGCGUGGUGGAGGUCAGCUUCCCCACAACCUUUGCAGAGGUCGCUGUCCGACACGGAGCUGAGCCGAAGGCUUCAUUCAAAGACCUCUUCUAUUGGAGUAUGGAGCCACCUCCAAAGAAAGAUCGCACCAUGCGCUACGAGUGUGCCGAGGUGAUCUGGCCAUUUGCGAAUGUUCCCGCCAAUGAGGCUGGUCGAUGUUGUGCCGUCCAGGAUGAGCAAAGCUGGUGGACUAGCUGGAAAGACGCUGUGCGAAAUGCCGUCCUUGCGAGAAGGACGGGCUAUGUGACGUUGGAGGACCGCAUGGACGUGGCUAUGGGGGUGGUCGUGCUUGACUCAGGCAAGGAUUGGGGUGUAUCCAAGUAG